CGUUUUGCUAGCAACGCAUCGCCCAGCAGAGCUCGCGUGUGGCUGUAGAAUUGCGAAUCGGGCCCAAAAAAAAUGUGCAAAGUCGAAAUGAUCCGAGCGCUGCUGCACGCGCGGCUGAGCGCGGCCGUCGAGGAAAUCUGCGCGCUGUUGCGGACAACGAUGGCGCAGUACGAGGAGCAACUUUGUCGCGCAAAAGAGGAGAACGACAGACAACGUCGGCAACUGGACGCCGUUCGCGGGGUUCGGGAUCGACCGCGAACAGCAGGCAACAGUCGAGGUGUUCAUGUUGAGGAUCAGGAGCCAGAAUGCAGCCGGCGCAUUAAAGAAGAGGCGCAGGAGGAUGAAAUCACCCCGUUGCCUUUGGCUGGUGUGAUGCUGAAGAGCGAAGAUGAUGAGGGAGAGCACAGCGGAGGGCCCCGACGGCGAGGCCUCUUGGCUCCGCUCUCGGACAGCGACGACGUGACGUCGCGCUCUCCCGAUAAUGACGACGGGGAACGCCCCAAAAAGGAGGCGUCGAGUCAGACCGGCAAAAAACGAGUCAAAUGCGCUCAGUGCGACAAAACAUUCGACAGGAAGUCGUUGUUGAUAAGACACACAAGAACGCACACGGGAGAAAAACCUUUCGCUUGCUCAGUUUGCGGCAAAAGAUUCUCGAUGACGGGAAAUUUAACAAUGCACACAAAAACGCACACGGGAGAAAAACCUUUUGCCUGCUCAGUUUGCGGGAAAGGCUUCAUUCGGAGGCGCUCUCUGACAACACACGCGCGAACGCACACCGGGGAGAAACCGUUCAGCUGCAGCGUGUGCCAUAAAAGAUUCAAUGAUCAGAGUUGGGUGAAGAGGCACAAGUGCGCUCGUGAGAAGAGCAGCGGUCAGGGAAGCCGUGGAGGAAACUGAGGAAACAUCACCACGGUGGAAUCUCACGUUUUUUACGAAUGACGCGCCACUUUGGGUUUGCGGCUCGUCGAC